GAAAGGUUAUAUAAUUGGUUUCCUGGAUCUCACUCGUCCAGUCCUCAACCCUCUGACGUUUCGGCCGACUGUCCGUCUUCUGAAGAGAAUCCCUCUCGAGUUUGGAACGCUAAAUCAGCUUUCAUCACAAUGGCAGCGAUUGGUCAGCGUGGCGCAGUGACAGAGGCGGCUGGCUUUAAAGUGGAGGAAGAUAUCAAGAGACUCAGAGAAGCCAUGAAGGGGACCGGCACUGAUGAGGCAGCUCUCAUCGAGGUCCUUGCCCGCCGUACAAUCGCCCAGAGGCAACUUAUCAAAGAACAAUACAAACAGCAAGUGGGGAAGAGCCUAGCAGAUGACCUGGACUCUGAGCUGAGCGGGAACUUCCAGAAGGUGGUCCUGGGUCUUCUGAUGCUGGCGCCCGUCUACGAUGCCCAUGAGCUGAGGACCUCAAUGAAGGGUGCCGGAACAGAAGAGGCCGCUCUCAUUGAUAUUCUUGCAUCAAGGACAACCGAGGAAGUCAAAAUUAUCAAUCUGGUCUACAAGAAAAAACAUGACAAUAGCCUGGAAGAUGAUGUUUGUGGAGACACUUCUGGAAUGUUCCAGAGAGUUCUUGUGUCCUUGCUAACGGCUGGGCGCGACGAGGGCACUGCUGUGGACCCGGCGCUGGCGGUCCAGGACGCUAAGGAUAUCUUCGAGGCAGGGGAGGCUCGCUGGGGAACGGAUGAAGUGAAGUUCCUCACUGUGCUCUGUGUAAGGAACCGGAACCACCUGCUCAAAGUGUUCGAGGAGUACAAGAAGGUGUCUGGACGGGACAUCGAGGACAGCAUCAAGCGCGAGAUGUCUGGCAGUCUGGAGGAGGUCUUCUUGGCCAUAGUGAAAUGUCUGAAGAACAAGCCAGCGUUCUUCGCUGAGCGAUUGUACAAAUCAAUGAAGGGCAUGGGAACCACAGACAGCGUCCUCAUCAGGACCAUGGUGGCACGAGCCGAGAUCGACAUGUUGGACAUCAAGGUGGAGUUCUUCAAGAUGUAUGGGAAGACCCUCUACUCCUUUAUCAAGGGCGACACAUCCGGGGACUACCGCAAGAUCCUGCUGGAGUUAUGUGGAGAAGACAAGUAGAAGCCGGAGUCAGCCAUGUUGUUUGGUUGCUCGGAAAUUCAAUUAUUUUACACCCUGCGUUUACAAUCGGCCCCUGGCAUUUCACCUAUACACAAGAUACCUUUUCGCUGUUGUAUCCGCUAAUAAAAAAACAGUGACAUUUGA